UCUACCAACACAGCCAAAUAGUAUUAAAAGCGUCUCUCUAAGACUAAUAAAAUGGCCAACAAUUCAUUGGUUAUUAUCUUACUUGUGGUGGGCACCGUUACCACCGGCGCUGCCAACUCGCUUUUUACGAAGUACCAGGACAAUCAGUGUGUUGCACACUGUGACUCUAAGAACCCCGUCUACUUUGACCAGCCGGUGUUACAGACGCUCCAGAUGUUUCUUGGGGAGGUGCUCUGCUUGCUCACGUACGCCUUGCUCAAGCUCUUCACCCGCCACCAGGUCGAGCAACCUACCAAUGCGCGUGGCCGCCAACACCUCUCUGGUGUAAAGACAGCAAUCUUGGCGAUCCCCGCCUGCUGUGACAUCCUAGCGACCACCUUGAUGAACGUCGGGCUCACUAUGAUCCCUGUGUCUAUCUACCAGAUGACCAGAGGCUCCAUCAUCCUUUUCGUAGCCUUGUUUUCUGUCGUUUUCCUUCGCUCCCGCAUUAACAGACUCGAGUGGACGGCAUUAUUUCUUGUGGUAUUGGGGGUGGCUAUCGUAGGGAUUGCCGGAAGCAGCAACGAGCCCAAGAAGGAAUUGAAUGACUUGGCGGCCUUGGUUGCCAGCGGUGGCCUUCGAAAGUUUUCUCUCAAGGGUUUAUCUCCACUGACACAGCUUGUGGCUGGGAUGGUGCUCAUUUUAGUCGCUGAGAUCUUCACGGCCUCCCAGUUUGUGGUUGAAGAGUUCUUCUUGUCCCGGUACACCGUUGAGCCAGUUUUGAUUGUGGGCUACGAGGGUGCCUUUGGGGCUCUCAUCACCUUUAUUGGAAUGUGUGUGCUUCACUGGGUUUUUGCGUAUGGUGACGAGCCCAAGCAUGGCUCUACGUCGUCGUUGAACAUGGUACUUGCGUUCAAGGACUUGUUUGCCAGUCCUGCAAUUCUCGUCUCUUCUUUGUUCAUCAUGCUCUCGAUUGCGGUCUUUAAUUUCUGUGGCAUCAACAUCACGCACAAGGUCUCGUCCACUUCCCGCUCCACCGUCGACACCUCCAGAACCUUGUUGGUGUGGCUUGUGUCGCUCGCAUUGAAAUGGGAAAAGUGGAGCUGGUUGCAGGCCUUUGGGUUUGUGGUGCUUGUGUGCGGCACCUUGAUUUUCAAUAAAGUGGUUGUCAUUCAUGACCAGUUCUUGCCGUCGUUGUUGAAGCAGGGCGUGGCCGCGCAAGACGAAAGCACCGAGAGCAGUCCAUUGUUGCGUGACAGUGGAGUGGAGUAGUAAACAGUGGAUUUACCGAAUGUUUUGAUUUUAGAAUGAUUUAGAAGAAACAGCAAUUAUGCAAAAAUGAUCGACAUGGUUAUUGUGAUAAAGGUUGGAUAACUUUAGAGUGGUAUAUAUUCUGUGGACGGCGGGAGUUCCACAUCUGAACCUGCAGUCCCGCCAAUAUUCAUAAAAUACAAGAAUGAAUACUUGUUCUAGC